GGAGGUUAAAAGUCAAAACAAGCAAGUUUGCAACUAUUUUGAGAGCACACGCAGUGCAAGUGUUACUGUAACCGUCAAACUUCUAUGAGAUUAUGACGUAUAUAAAUAACAUUUCCACUGCGUGUGCUAUCAAAAUCGUUGCAAACUUAUAUCUAGGUUUAACUCUGUCUUGCUGGUUUGCCUGAUCGUUGGACUCACUUGCGUUCGGUAAGCGAUUACACGUACGGCUUAUAUUGUAUAGACGCGCAACUCUGCUUAGAACCGAGCUGAGUGAAAAACUCGUCUCUGUAUGAGUCAGACUCAGUUUACGUCUUGCCGCGAAAGCGCGCAGUGCCCGCCCUAAGACGACCGCCUGUUGCGUCUAACUUUUACUGCUCAGACAAUAUACAUCUCGACUUAAUCAUUUUUUUCAUAUUUGUUCUUAAAUGGUUGGACUACUUAUUAAGAUGUGACAGCCGGCGGUGGCGUGAGCAACUGAACAGUCCCGCAUCGGACAAUCACUACAAUGUCCAAAAACUGAAAAUGCAAGAUUCAAAUCGAACAAUCGACAGCGGGGAUCCGAAACUACAGUGGAUUACGAAACUCGUAGAAGAGUGCUAUUUUGGAAAUGUCAAUCAUAGUACGAUAUUUACUUCGACAACGAAGAUUAAUCAAGAUGAGGGUCCCUGGUGUCCGGCGAUGUUUGACGGAUUUGCCUGCUGGGACCCGACACCGGCGUCGGCAAUCGCAAAACAACGCUGUCCAGAAUUUGUCAUCGGUUUCGACCCCCGACGCUACGUAUUUAAGAGAUGCACGGAAAAUGGGACAUGGUACAUGCGUCCAGAAGAUAAAAAACCGUGGACGAAUUACAAUACUUGUGUCGACCUGGAAGACUUAGAUUUCCGGAGCAUCGUCAACGACGUGUACGUGGCCGGCUACUCGCUCUCCGUCGCCGCACUCAUACUCUCGCUAAUGAUCUUCUUCUAUUUCCGGUCACUUCGGUGCACCAGAAUACGUAUCCACAUGCACUUGUUCACGUCCUUCGCUUUAAACAACAUCCUGUGGGUCGUUUGGUACAAGACUGUGGUCAACGAAGUCGACGUGGUCCGGAACAAUGAGGAAUGGUGUCAAGUUCUCCACAUAGUCACAAAUUACUUUAUGGUGACGAGCUACUUAUGGAUGUUUUGCGAAGGCUUACAUUUGCACAUCGCUCUAGUUGUGGUAUUCAUAAAGGACGAGGUGGCGAUGCGCGGAUUCGUGGCGCUCGGCUGGGGGCUGUCGCUGGUGAUUGUGGCAGCGUACGCGACAGCACGGUACCUCACACCCGGCGCAACAGAUCGGUGCUGGAUGGAUCAAAGCGAUACAUUCUGGAUUAUCGUGGUUCCGGUUCUGGCGUCAUUAAUAUCUUCCUUCGUAUUUCUUGUAAACGUGGUCCGCGUGCUGCUUACCAAGUUGGCCCCCACGCCCAACCAGCAAGCUCGUCUUGCCGCGCGGAAAGCCGCCAGAGCUGCGCUUAUACUUAUACCCCUGUUCGGGUUACAUUUCGUGCUGAUUCCGCUCCACCCAUCGCCGGGCGCUGCCGGGGAGAAGGUUUACCAGGUCUUCUCUGCAUUGCUCACUAGCCUACAGGGCCUGUGCGUCUCGUUCCUGUUCUGCUUCACGAACCACGACGUGAUGGUGGCCGUCCGCACGCAAGUGUCUCGCGUCGUCCGCGCUAACGACGCCAUCGCGCUCACAGGUUUAACGGCGGGAGAAAGCUUGGCCAAUACAAGAGAAAACGUUGUGUAAAAAAUUGGUUGCAAGUGGAAACUAAUUUAAACAAAGAUGUAAAUGUUAAAUAUUUAGAUAUUAAUGAUUACCUAGCCCGAGGUACGAGACAGAUUUUAAUUAUUCCACCAAAUUAGAGAUCUGCGACCCAAGUGUCAGAAGGGUACAUAGCAGUUGUUGUCUGUCGCGAAAUAACUCGUUUUUUUUUUUUCAUUUUAAUCAAAACGUCACUUUUGAUACAACCAUGGUGGGACAGAUCUCGUAGGUGAUGAGCCGUACUGUAUAAAAUAUAAAAAUGUAUUAGCAUAUGAGGCAGGCAUUUGCUCAUUUGCAUGUUCUGCAGGUUUUUUGAUAGAAUCCUACUAACUGCGUGACUGCCUGUACAAAUAAUCAGUCAGCCGCUAUACUGUAUAAGACAUUUUGUAUGAACCUUUUUAGAACUAAAUUAAAAUAAAUGUAAGCUGAGUCCGCCUAUAAAUUAUAACAUUUGUAAGCGUAUAAUCUAUAAGCCCAAAGUUAUAAAACACAAACUAAAACGUUAACUCUAGUAUUUAUUUAGCAAAUAGGGCACAAGUUUACGUACUCAAUUACAACAAUUACGUACAAAUCAUAAACCCGCCAUUGUUAGAUAUAAGUAUUAAUUCUAUGCAAAGUAACGUUAUCAAUAUAAGUUAGAAGUAAAGGAUGACACACGCUAGAACGGUCCAAGUCUGGGCCAAGGCGUAGGUAUGACACUUCAUUUUCUGGAGCAUUCCACCGUUACAAAAUCGACACUUGACUCUUUUAGCUUGUCUUUUUAUCGUGUACCUAUUAUUUGUAUAAUCUUAAAGCUGCUUGUGUUCUUAAAAAAAUCUACUUUUACUAUACGUACGUAAGAUGAAAAAGAAAUUCGGCAUUAAAGCAAACGUGAUUUAAGCGACUCGUACUCAUAAUUGGACCAAUAGUUUGAAUUACAAUUAGGUUUUGCUUAAAAAAUGGACUUUGUUAAAAAAUACUAGCUGAAAAAGUUACCGUUUUCAUUGAAGGCUCCUUCUUAGGGUGACCGCCUCGGCCCCAACCCGUGCCGUAUUAGUUAGCGUGAGUCAUUCUUAUUACUUACAUCCCUCACUCUUAUAAUAAUUUACUUAUUCGCUCUGUGCGCAGCGUCGCCCUGGCAAGUAUUGGACACAUUGGAUUUCUGACAGUCAAAAAGUAUUAAAUUAAUGUGUUGUCGUUUGAACUUCCCCACCACGAACUUUGCACAAAGCCAAUACGUACGGGACUAAAACUAACGGAUUUAUGGGUAACGUAACUGACAGAUAGAAAAAUAGUCUGUAAGAAAGAAACCUAUCAGGUAUAUUAAAUGUAAAGGCGCUUUGGGAUUGUCUCAUUAUCUAGUCUGAAGGUCUUAUUAAGCAUUCUUUUUUUUACUUUGUUAAUAAAUGUAAUAUAAUAGGUAUGUAAUGUAAUAGUAAGUCAAUAUAAUGUAAUAAUGUGAGAUGUAUCAUAAAGCCUAGUAAAUGUCAGCUGCCGCUCCGCUGGUGGGUUCAGGAAAGGUAAAAAUGUUAUUGCUGAUUCAGAAUUUGUCGAAUUACAGAUAAGAAGCUAUCUUGUA